AAAUUCAUCCGAUUCUCACAGGAAGCUAAAGUCUAAUUGUGAGAAAAAGAUCACAGCCAAAAUCGACUAAUCCAUCCACGUGCUGAUUAAACCAAACCCCAUAUACACUAACCACACACAAACAUUUCCUCCUUACUUUACAGUCUGUUUCAUCUCUGCACCCCAAACUCCAUUUUUUUCAAAUUUCCCUCACCGAUCGCUUCAUCUCUGUUUCCCUCUCCCUUCCAAAAAUGCAUUACAAGAACCUGGGUCGCUCAGGCCUCAAGGUCAGCCAGCUUUCCUAUGGCGCAUGGGUCAGCUUCGGCAAUCAGCUCGACGUCAAGGAGGCCAAGUCCCUCUUGCAGUGCUGCCGUGACCACGGUGUUAACUUCUUUGAUAACGCCGAGGUUUAUGCUAAUGGAAGGGCCGAGGAGAUCAUGGGUCAAGCGAUCCGUGAGCUUGGAUGGAAGCGCUCUGACAUAGUUGUCUCUACCAAGAUCUUUUGGGGAGGUUCUGGUCCUAAUGAUAAGGGCUUGUCCAGGAAACAUAUUGUGGAGGGUACCAAAGCUUCGCUCAAGAGGCUGGAUAUGGAUUAUGUUGAUGUGAUUUACUGUCACCGGUCAGACUCCUCGACACCAAUUGAAGAAACAGUAAGGGCAAUGAAUUAUGUGAUUGAUAAGGGUUGGGCGUUUUAUUGGGGGACCAGUGAGUGGUCGGCACAGCAGAUCACUGAAGCAUGGGGCAUUGCAGAAAGAUUGGACUUAAUGGGGCCAGUUGUGGAGCAGCCAGAGUAUAAUUUACUGUCUAGACACAAGGUUGAGUCAGAGUACCUCCCUCUGUACACCAACUAUGGCCUGGGUCUCACCACAUGGAGUCCACUUGCAUCUGGGGUGCUAACUGGAAAGUAUGGCAAGGGAGCUAUACCUUCUGAUAGCCGGUUUGCACUGGAAAAUUACAAAAAUCUCGCUAGCCGGUCACUGGUUGAUGAUGUUCUGAAAAAGGUUAAUGGUCUAAAGCCAAUUGCUGAUGAACUGGGUGUGCCUUUAUCUCAACUUGCAAUUGCAUGGUGUGCUGCUAAUCCAAAUGUCUCAUCAGUUAUUACUGGUGCUACUAAGGAGUCUCAGAUUCAAGAGAACAUGAAAGCUAUUGACGUCAUCCCCUUGUUGACUCCUGCUGUGAUGGAGAAGAUAGAAGCUGUUGUGCAAAGCAAGCCAAAACGUCCAGACUCGUUUAGGUAAAUCACUGGACGUAUACGGUUUCUAGGGUUUCACAAAUUAUGGGGCGGAUACAUUGUCCGGAUUCACCGGAAGGGCAAAGCUCACGCCUUAAUUCUGAUAUCACUCAUUGUGCCUGGUGUAUUUUCUUUUAUAAAAUCUAGUUUCAUUGCCUUGGGAGUUUUCAGAAAUCCACAAUUGAUUUUCAUGUGUGGGAGGUUCCUUUUCAGAUUUGAUUUUUUGUUUAUGGGUUGGCGGAUGUGCUUUGAUAAUGAUCUCAAUGUUGAAUUGAUAUGAACUGUUGUCGUAAAAAGAUAUCAAAUAUUCUUCCAUGUGAA